AUGCGCAAGAAUGGAAGAUUAUUACUUGUUCUUGUUUAUGUGGAUGAUAUAUUAAUUACAGGAGAAGAUUCAUCUACUAUUGCAGCUCUUAUCAGCUCUCUUUCUACAACAUUUGCUCUGAAUUCAUUAGGCACGGUCAACUAUUUCCUUGGUAUUCAAGUGAUUAAGACUGAGAGUAACUCCUAUCAGUUGAAUCAGUCCAAGUAUAUCCAGGACUUGCUCACUAAAACAAAUCUUGUAAACAACAAACCGCAGCCUUCGCCCUAUGAUUUGGGUACCAAGCUUCAUGCCGCAGACAGCCCCAUGUUCUCUGAUCCCACUCUGUUCCGAAGCACAGUUGGUGCCCUUCAAUACUUGACGCUUUCUCGACCGGAUAUCUCCUUCAGUGUCAACAAACUCAGUCAAUUUCUUCAUCAACCCACUGAGCUUCAUUGGAAAGCAUGCAAACGUCUUCUUCGGUAUCUUAAAGAAGCUAUGGAUUACAGUCUUAUCUUUCCUUCUUCUUCACAGUUUCUCCAUCUUACAGUCUUUUCCGAUGCUGAUUGGGCUGAUUUGUUGGACGACCACAAAUCCACGGGAGGCUAUUGUGUGUUUCUUAGUUCAAAUCUCCUAUCUUGGAGUUCCAAAAAACAGAAUGUAGUGUCUCGUAGCUCCACUGAAUCCGAGUACAGAGCCUUAGCUGACUCUUCUGUUGAAGUCAUUUGGAUCACCUCUCUUCUCUCGGAGUUUGGUAUAACCCUCCCUCAAAAGCCUAUCCUAUGGUGCGACAAUAAAAGUGUCGCGACUAUAGCUACAAACCCAUUUCUCCUAUGGUGUAUGCAUGUAACCGUCUGUAUCUCAGCUCUCUAUAUAUGA